GGAGUCUACGAUCUUUUCCAUUUCGGACACGCGCUCCAACUACGUCAGGCGAAGCUUUCCUUCCCGGAGGUGCAUCUCAUCGUCGGCGUCAACUCGGAUGAGCUCGUCAAGGCGCAUAAAGCGAGCACGAUCAUGCGACAUGCCGAGCGAUGCGAAGCCGUGGGACACUGUCGCUGGGUGGACCAGGUCGUCCCAGAGGCGCCUUGGGUCCUCGACGAGGAGUUUGUGGAGAAGUAUCAGAUCGACUAUGUGGCGCAUGAUGAUGACCCGUACGUGAGCGCGGGACACGACGAUGUGUAUUCGUAUGUGAAGUCCAAGGGUAAAUUCAUUCCGACAAGACGCACGCCGGGCGUGUCGACCUCGGAACUGCUCGAACGUAUUGUGAAGGGAUAUAGGAAACGUGACUUUGAUAAGAAGCUGGAGAAGAUGGGGCAUUCCGAGUUGAUCGCGCAGGGGUCGGACUGGGAUGAUGAUCGGUCGGGGUGA